AUUUCUUUCGCCAUUUGCUUCUUUCCUUUCUUGAUCACGUGCUCGAUCUGUGGCUUUAAUUGGUUUUGAUCUUCGAUUUCCGGUUAGGGUUUCUCUUGGAAUCCGUUUUCCAGCAAAACAGUCCGUAUGAUUUGUUUAUUUGUGGGAAUCAAUUACUAGCGGCAUUAAAUUAGGGUCUGAUCUGCUGUAGCUAUCAUCUGAUCUGCAAUAGAUAUCCGAAUACCCAGUUUUGAUCGAGUUUGUGUUUUUGGAGACAAAAAGGUAGCUUUACUCCUAGGGUUUUGUUUUCGAGAUUUUACUGGUCAGUGAGAGUUAGAUCAGUGAGCUGCAUUUUAGUGGUUGCAUGAGAAUUGGAGGUCAAGAUGCCAUCUUACAGGCAGUUUUCCCGAAUUGAUACUAUGGAGCUCAAAUCUCAGCUUUUCAAGAAGCUCGGGCGGCAAAAAGCUGAGAAGUAUUUCUAUAAUGUGAAAAGAUUACUCAACCUGAAACUUAGCAAGUUAGAAUUUGAUAAGUUGUGCUAUAGUACCAUUGGGAAGGAAAAUGUUGCUAUUCACAAUAUGUUCAUCCGCUCGAUCCUUGGCAAUGCAUGUCUUGCCCUUGGCCCGCCUAGCAAAGAGACAGUCACAGGGAACUCUCGGAUUAGCAAAUUGUCGAGCUUUGGAGACACUUGCCCAACAUCCCCUCGAAGGAGAAGGUCUAUAAGUAGUAGGGAUCGGAGAUUCAGUGACCGUCCGAGCCCCCUUGGACCUGAUGGACAGAUGCCUCUUAGACAUCUGCAAGAAGUCACUAAUUCUUGCGAUUUGCAGAGGUCACGAGAGCAGCAAAGUGCUCAAGAGUUGAUAUCUGUUGGUAGUAAGGCUUUCUUAGAAGUUGCAUCUGUGGAAGAUGGAGAAGAGGUUGAACAAGCAAGAGCUAGUCCGAGUGUCCAAAGUAGAAGCCCUGUAAGGGCACCUCUGGGCAUUCCGAGGACUGCUGGUGCUCUUCCCCGUAAAACAUUUUGCACCGGUUUUGCUGGAGGCUUUCAUCUUUCUAAUCCAUAUGUUCCUGAGUCUUGUCAUGGUAGUUCUGAACUGCCUGAUACAAGAUCUUUAAGGAAGCAGUUGGAGCAUAAGUUGGAGGUUGAAGGCCUUGGUUUAUCAGUAGACUGUACUAAUCUGUUGAAUAUUGGUUUGGAUGCAUUUCUAAAGAGGUUGAUCAAACCCUGUAUGGACUUAGCUAGAGCGAGGUGCAGCAAUAGGAGGCAAACAAAUGGUAGGAUUUUUCCUGGGAUAAAUGGUAUGCGGCAAGGAGAACAGGUGCAAGGGUCAAAUCAAUGUUAUUAUGUCUCAUUACUAGAUUUUCGGGUGGCAAUGGAAUUGAAUUCUCAGUUGCUUGGUGGUGAUUGGCCUCAACAGCUUGAGAAGACAUGCUUGCAUCUGUUGGAAGAAUGAACCACAGCAUGAAUACAAGUUCAGUCUUAUUGAUUGCCUCUGCAAGUGUUACUUACAGGAUCGACAAUCCUCACGAGCCUUUGAUACUGCUGAAGCAACAGAGUACAUCAUUAGGCUCAAAGUACAGAAAAAACAUUAGUAAAAGACCGCAGAGUUUACUCUCAAGAAGUUUCAAGCUACAAACAAUUCAUUACUCCUGCCAUGCGGAAUAAAUUCCAUGUGCCUUCCUGAGGACGGAAUUGAAGUGACAUAUAGGUGUCACCACUGAAGCCUCCAAUUUUUUGGGAAUGGGUCCAUGCCCUGGCCAUCGAAUGUAAACCUUUCGACCCAAUUUAUACAUCUUUUCACUUUACGAAUUGUUAUGGUUCUGAAUCUUCUGAUCUACAUCUUUUCUCUUUACCAUGCUGGUAAAUAAAGUGUUACUUCUUGAUUUUUGUGGC